GGCGCGGAGUGACGUCACGAGAAGCCGCCAUCUUGGUGUGUGCACAUGGUGGUCGAGGCUGUGGUGUCUCACUAAAAACCGACCUACAAACGGGGCAAGAUGUCGUCCCGUUUUUUUGCCACGGGAAGUGACAGCGAAAGUGAGUCAUCGUCAGAGUCUGAGGAGCAGACAGUAGUGCAGGCCAAGUCUACUGUCACUGCAAAAGUUUUUGCCUUCAGUGAUGAUGAAGAAGAAACUAAACGAGUUGUUCGGAGUGCCAAGGACAAAAGGUUUGAGGAACUCCAAAAUGUCAUCAAGCAGUUGCGGAACCACAAGAAGAUCAAGGAUAUAUCCAAAGUCUUGGAAACCUUUGAAGACCUCACCAAAGCCUUGCAGAAAUCACAGAAAGUGAUUGAAAAGGAGGGUGGUGUACCCAGGUUCUAUAUACGAGCUCUUGUUGAACUGGAGGACUUCAUCAAUGAGACCUGGGAGGACCGGGAAGGGCGGAAGAAGUUGAACAAGGUGAACUCCAAGGCCCUGACCACGAUGCGUCAGAAGCUGCGGAAGUACAACCGUGACUUCGAGGCGGACAUCGCGUCAUACCGCGAGAACCCGGACGCCGGCGAGGAGCAGGAGGCCGCGGAGGACGACAGGGACCGCUCGGACUCAGAGUCUGAUGACGAAAACGAGGCUCCGCGGGAGAAGAAGAAGCCCGCGGCUCCGGCUGAAGCCGCUGACAUGAAGAGUCAGUUCCUGAAGGGGGGAGACAGCGAGGGUAGCGAUGACUCUGACCUGGACUGGCCCUCGGACUCCGACAGUGAAUCUUCAGACUCCUCUGAACCAGAGGGGGGCUAUACCAACAUGGCAGCCAAGUUCUUAAAAAAGACCACGGCAGCGGAGGAGGCAGCGAAGGCGGCCAGGAAAGCGGAGAAGAAGGAGCGUAAGGCGCGGGAACAGCGUAGAGAGGAGGAGGAGAGAGAGCUGGAGGAGGGAGAGUGGACGGAGGUGCAGAGGGGUGCUCCUAUGGCCAUGGAGAAGCCCAAAAUGUUUGCCAAGGGAACAGAGAUCAACCAUGCCGUGGUGCUGAAGAAACUGAAUGAGAUCCUGGCAGCGCGGGGGAAGAAGGGCACAGACCGCUCUGAACAGAUCAUGCUACUGGCAGAGCUGCGUAGAAUUUCGGAAGAAAACAACCUGGGUCUGGGGAUGACUGUGAAGAUUCUGUUCAACAUCAUUGCGUCCAUCUUUGACUACAACCCCAACAUUGCCACCUGCAUGAAGGAUGAGAUGUGGGCAAAAUGCAUCACCUAUAUCACAGAGCUGAUGGACAUACUGACUGACAAUGAGAACAUCUUUGUGGGAGCCAAUGUGCUGGAGGAGUCCGAGGCUAUUGAGACUGAACCAUUCCGUGUGCGGGGGUGUAUUCUGUCUGUGAUGGAGAGAGCAGAUGAAGAGUUCAUCAAAAUGCUGCAGGCUUGUGAUGCCCACUCUACAGAAUAUGUGGAAAGGCUGAAGGAUGAGAAGAAGAUUGAAGUGCUUGUUGUGCGUCUUCAGAAGUACCUUGAAGAACGGGGUACAUCUCAAGAAAUCUGCAGGGUGUACCUGCGCAGGAUCGAACAUGUGUACUACAAGUACGACUACGAACACUACAAGUCUGCUAACCUGGUCAGGAAGACUGAGGAGGAGAAGGAGGAGGGAGGAGAGAAGGAUGGGGAGUCAGAAGGGAAGGAUGGGGAGGUGACUCCUCAAGAAAAGGGUGGGGAGGAGGCCAAGGACAUGGUUGAUGGGGAGAAGAAAGAGAAGACUGCCGUCAUCAUGGACAAGUUGUGUAAGUACAUCUAUGCCAAGGACACGACAGACCGUAUCCGUACCCGCGCCAUCCUGUGUCACAUCUACCACCACGCCCUGCACGGGCGCUGGUACGAGGCCAGGGACCUGAUGCUGAUGUCACAUCUACAGGACACUAUCCAACACUCCGACGUGCCAACUCAGAUUCUGUACAACCGUACCAUGGUACAGUUGGGACUGUGUGCAUUCCGCUAUGGGAACAUCAAAGAUGCUCACAAUGCCUUGUUAGAUAUCCAGUCUGGAGGGAGAGCUAAGGAGCUCCUAGCACAGGGUCUCCUGAUGCAGCGGAAUGUUGAGCGUGAUCCUGAGCGAGAGAAGAUUGAGAAGCGCCGACAGAUGCCGUUCCACAUGCACAUCAACCUGGAGCUGCUGGAGUGUGUGUACCUGGUGUCAGCCAUGCUGCUGGAAAUACCCUACAUGGCAGCCCAUGAAUUUGAUGCCCGACGCAGAAUGAUCAGUAAGAGUUUCCACCACCAGCUGAGGGUCAGUGAGAGGCAGCCUCUGGUUGGCCCCCCUGAGAGUAUGCGUGAACAUGUGGUGGCUGCCUCCAAGGCUAUGAAGAUAGGAGACUGGCGCGCAUGUCGGGACUACAUCAUCAAUGAAAAAAUGAACGGAAAGGUGUGGGAUCUGUUCCCCGAGGCAGAGAAGGUUCGUGAACUCAUCAGUAGGAAGAUUCAGGAGGAGAGUCUGCGCACCUAUCUCUUCACCUACAGCGCUAUAUAUGACUCUCUCUGUUUGGUAACCCUGUCAGAGAUGUUUGAGCUGGAUGGACCAGUGGUACACAGCAUCAUCAGUAAAAUGAUCAUCAAUGAGGAGCUGGCUGCAUCCUGGGAUGAACCCACCCAGACGGUGGUCAUGCACCGCUCGGAGCCCACACGUCUACAGAACCUGGCCCUGCAACUGUCGGACAAACUGGCCAACCUCGUGGACAACAACGAACGUAUCCUGGAGGUCAAACAGGGCACGUCUGCCUUCUACACCAGGCAGGGGGAGGGUCGCUUUGGCCGGCAAGGUAAAGAGCGCCAUCAUCAAGGGAAAGAGCGGCAGCAAGGUCAGUCUGGGUACCACCAGCAGCAGGGUCGUCAGUACCAGGGCCAGCGGCGGGACAGAGGUGACCGGGACAGGGACCACCAUCAGGGGUACAGCAGACAGCAGGACAGAUGGUAGUCAACAGCACAGAGACAGCUCCAGACUUCUUAAAGGCACUCAAAGAAAUAGAAGGGCGGCAAAACUGGAUUUUCUAAUUAAAAUGAAACUUUCUGGUCACUUUGUAUGUUGAAUCAAACCUAUCCCAUAGCAUACCCGUGAGGCAAAAAUGUGAUGACAGAAAAGGGUUGCUUGUUUCGUAUCAUUGGCUGGUUCUAGCUAUUUAUUGGUGGUACCUAAAAUAAUGGGACUUCUCAUGCAACUUGUUUUGGGGCUAUUUCAUGAAAUGAUGUUGAAAAUGGGGUACGAAAUGGUAGUAAAUGCCAAUACCACACAGAUGUCCUCAUCCAGAAUUUUUUGUUUUGCCGCCCUGGAAUUGCCUUGGAUACCUUUAACAACCAGACAUCUACCACUGAAGUACAUACUUUACACAUCUGUACAUCUCAAAUAUACAAGAAUUGCAGUUCAAGAUGAAAUAGCAUGUCCGUAUGGCAGUUUAGAAUGUGUGUUGACAGUUUCUUGAAAUUAAUAACAUAGAAGUUAAAAGCUAAUGUCAUCAUAGCCCAAUAUCAUGUGUUCUCUAACUGGACUGCAAGUUUGUUUCCCAAAUAUCAUCUUGGCCGUAAUAAAGAGAGAGAGAA